CAUUUUUAGACCCUCAUUUCAGUCCAAACAGUUGCAGAUAACAGACUGACGCGCGUGUUCCUCAGCUGUCUGGUAAUUGGAACAACGUCUCUCCUCUGUCGUGUCAAGCAAAAACUUUCCAAACACACUCUCCUUUUUCUUCUGUUUUCUCUCUGUUCGGUUUCUCUUUCUUUAAAGCCAGAGUCCAGACUGCAGAAAUGAAUUUGAGGCCCUGAUGGUGUGAUUCUUACAUGUCAGAAGAGAAAGAAGCAAUGGAUUUUUGGGUUGUUCCGGCACUUUAUGGUGCUGGGUACAUAGCCGAGUACUGGUUUUCUGAUAAGGAAAACGAAGGAGCUUCGGAGAAUUCCAUUUACUUCCAGUCCGGUCCCCGUAACCAAACAGGAGGAAAUCUUCUUUCAGAUACUGCAAAUGGCAGUUACGAUGAGCGUGGUGAUUUGUUAAUACCAGAGGUUUGGGUUGGUAGAGGUAGCAGAAGCAGGAGGCCGUUUAGGGGUAGGUCUGUUUGUGGGUAUUUUGUAAAGCCUGGGGCAGUGAGUCCUCCAGAAAAUUGUGUAGUGACUGCGCUGCUGUAUAGAAUGGAGGAGUAUUAUGCGUACACUUCAGUUCAGUCACCAACACCUACAACCUUGGCGGCAGCGACGCCUUUUUUGGUGUCGGAUGGGAGCCUGACAAUCAGCAGAGGUUCACCCAAUGGAAUGCUUCUUUUCUUUCUUGGAAUCACUAUUGGAAUGAUGUCUACCAUACUUGCUCAUAAAAGAGAAGCAGAAAAGUUAAAUGACCAGCUGAAGCAAACUAAGCAGUUGGUUCAAGAUUUGCACGAGGAGAUUGAGAUGAAAGACUUGCUUACUAUUAAGGUGCUUGGGAAUAGGGACUUAGAGAAGAAACCAGAUUAUGGGAAAACAGAAGACUAUGUGGCAAUAAGUAAAAUUGAGGCAGAGCUUGAAGCUGAUCUAGAAAGGUUGCAAUCAAACAUGAAACCAUCUAGCCUGGAGACAAUAUCCAACUAUGUUGAGCUGGAUCCCGACUUUGUGGUGGAUGUUGUUCGCGGAGAUUUGAGACCCAACAAGAUCCAUAGGCUAUCUGGUGGUUUAUCUGACUCAGACUCUGAAGGAAAUGAGACCUCCACCAACCACACUCAUACUGAAUACCGUACAGUGUCACCUAAGGAGUUGAGCAUGCGUCUUCAUGAGGUGAUUCAGUUGCGGCUUGAAGCACGCAUCAAGGAGCUCGAAACUGCAGUUGAAAAGACCAGGAAGAGCUUGCUUUCUGUGGAAUCAGAAAAUAUGAUCUCUGAGAAUGACUUGUGCAUGGAAAAAUAUUCUUUAUUAACCAAAGAAAGCCGAACCUCUAUAGAUGAAAUCAAUGACAUGGAUGGGCCCUCCGUUAUAAAUCUGUCAAAACAAGCCUCGGAUACUUAUAAUGAGGCUGAAAAAGGCAAUAUCAGGAUGGCAAUAACAGAGGAAGAGGCUCCACUAGACACGAGUUUUGACAGUUACUGUACUGCGAAAGAAUUGAAUCCUUUUGACCAAAAUCUGUUUAAGGACCAAAUCGGUGAUGUUAGAGAUAAUGGGUCCAUGUUACAAUAUGAUAUAAAUGGGGACAGAUGGUCAAGCAAUUCAAAUCAUGACGAGAUCAGGAUUCGGGAAGAGAAGACAUCAAGGAGCUCAGAAUCAAAUGAUAUAUGUGAGAGUGAAGAUGGCGAUGAGCUGGAGAAGUUUUUGAUAGAGCGGAUCGUGGAGAAGACCAGGCAAGGUUCGUCUGUGGUUUUGAAUGCUCAAAGGAUUAUGUAUUCAAUGCAUGACCAAUAGUUCACAUAAUGAGAGAGAGGAGGAGAAGAAGAAGAAGACAUGUAUAGUUCAAUCAUGGAUAUCACUGAAAUUUCUUUUAACAAUA